AGCUCUGCUGCACAGCUACUUGACACUGCUCUGUCUGAUUUCUCUCUGUAUUUGGUGCUAAAGUUGGCGUUUCUCCCUCUUACUGCCAGCUUCUCUGCAUAAGGUAAUCACUGGGUGAAGUCAGGAGGAGGACUCAGAAAGAAGCUCCUGGCCUGAUUCAACUUCUGUACAAUAAUCAGAUUUCAUACGGAUUUACCUGCUGAGCUGAAUAUAUAGAAGUCUGGGUUCAUGCCGGAUUUCGAGCAUUUUAGAUUUUCCUAUUCAAGCAUGAAUCCGGUCCUGGGGGAUAAUGGUUUCCUGGCCCCGCAGCAGCACCACCACCAGAUCACUGGCCAAACUGACUUCACCAUCCCAGAGCCUGGCUACUUCCUAGGAGACCGCGGCGGGUUCGGACCUGAUGGGUUCACCGGGCUGGACCUUGGUGCCUUCUCGCCAUCUGGGUUUGCAUACCUGCACCAAGUGCCCCCAGUGGCCACAGCGCUGCGCAACGACCUAGGCUCCAACAUCAGCGUCCUAAAGACCCUGAAUCUGCGUUUUCGCUGCUUUUUGGCUAAAGUGCAUGAGCUGGAGCGCAGGAACAAGGUGUUGGAGAAGCAGCUGCAGCAGGCUUUGGAGGGCAGCUGUGCAGGGGAUGGCCAUCCAAAGCCAUUCACCAAAGACAUGGGGGUCCAGACAGCAUUUAUUGGUCCUGUUCCAGGCAGACCAGGCCUCAUUCCACUUCACAAUGCCAACAACUCUGCCUACCUGCCCAGUGGUCUCCUCUCUCCAACCCUGAACCCUCCUCCUCUCUUUGACAACACAUACCUGCUGGGGAACAGCCCCAACCCAAUCACAGUCUCCAUGGAUUCAAACUCCAACCUCACCACGUCCGGUUUCUCCAUCAGCCCGGCUCUGAGCCCCAGUGACCUGCCCAAGACCUUCACAAACAUCAACGAGAAAUACACAGCUCAUACUGGGACAAACACCAGCAACACAGCCCCUGCUCCACCACGCUUCCUCCCAGGAACGAUCUGGUCCUUCAACCAUACCCGCCGGUGUAGCACUGGCAGGGAGUCAUGCGUCACAGGGCCCGGGGUCUCUUGGACGCACCCGGAUGGUGUCGGAGUCCAGAUUGACACCAUCACGCCCGAGAUCAGGGCUCUGUACAACGUGUUGGCCAAAGUUAAGAAGGAAAGAGAUGAGUACAAGAGAAGAUGGGAGGAAGAGUACACAGCCAGAAUGGACCUGCAGGAGAAGAUGGCAGAACUGGAGGAGGACCUGCAGGAGAGCGAGGUGUGUCAGGAUGAGUUGGCUCUUCGGGUGAAGCAGCUGAAGGCAGAGCUUGUUCUCUUCAAAGGACUCGUCAGUAAUAACUUGUCAGAUCUGGAUAGUAAGAUCCAGGAGAAGGCCAUGAAGGUGGACAUGGAUAUUUGCCGCCGUAUCGACAUCACUGCUCGUCUCUGUGACGUCGCCCAGCAGAGGAACUGUGAGGACAUGAUUCACAUCCUCCAGCAGGUGGCCACACCCCCAUCCACUCUGAACCGGCGGACCAGGAAGCACAGUGGACAGUCAGCAAAGGGCGGGGACGGAGACGAGCUGAGCAUGUCUGAAAGCGAGGGAGGUGGGUCUAAAGAUGAGGAGUUGGGCGGCGCAUCGGCCAGUCAGCUCAACGAGCAGAUGCAGAAGAUGCUGAAUCAGCUAAGGGAGUGCGAGUUUGAGGAUGACUGUGACAGUCUGGCCUGGGAGGAGACAGAAGAAACUCUUCUGCUGUGGGAAGAUUUCCCUGGAUACACACUGGGAGUGGAAACGCAGGGAGAGCUACAGGAGGAGUCCAUAGAGGAAGUGAUUAAAGACACCGAGUCUCUGUUCAAGUCCAGAGAGAAGGAGUACCAGGACACCAUUGACCAGAUAGAGCUGGAACUGGCCACAGCGAAAAGUGACAUGAACCGUCACCUGCACGAGUACAUGGAGAUGUGUUCGAUGAAGAGAGGGCUGGACGUUCAGAUGGAGACCUGCAGGAGACUCAUGUCACAGAGCGGAGACAGGAAGUGCAACUCUCUCAUCACACCGACGGUGGACGACUCCGACAGCGAGGAGAGGGAGAAGAAGAAGCCGGCCCUACCUGAGGACAGUGAUUAUUACUGCGAUGCCAACGCUGCUAUCCCUCCUCUGACCUGGAUGAAACCCUAACAACACACUGCUGCUCCUCCCUGGUCUCUGCUGUUUAAGAGCCUAGCAUUAUGGAAAACUAUAGAACUGUAACAAUGUCUUGUGGUUUGUACUGACCUGUGGUAGAAAUUACUUUAAAAUCAGCAGGUAGGAAAGGUCUGUUCAUCUUUAGCCAGCCUGAUGUUUGGUCAUUGUUCCUGGUCACAAACUCAGCCCACAUGACAGCCACAGGAUUACAGCUAAGAGGAGGACUUCUCUGUUUCAGGUGGCUGGAAACCUACUCCAACAUGCCAAUAAACAGUUUAGUUUCAAGGUUCAAAGUAUUUUUAAGCCUAUAGCUCCUCAGUAGAUGUGCCACUGCUGCCCUCCUGUGGUUAUGGCUGUAACUACAUCUCUGAAGGUCAAACGCGGUCUUGUGGUGUGCACUGACUUUUAGUUUGGGAGCAAAUGAUUUGCACAGCUCCUGUAUCAUUCAGCUGCAGGUUCAGGCCUGAGAACAGAGGCGGUGCUGCACAAGCAUUUUACACUGUUCACUCUCGAGGUUAACAGGAGAUUUAUUUCCACCUAAUUAUAAUAAAGGUCUAGUAAUUAUUUUAUUUACAAUCAUGUGCAGCAGAUUUAAAAUGUUGCUAGCAGAAGUUAAAUCCUACAGAACCAUUUUGCCUCACAGGGACGGUACUGUAUCUGAUUAAGGUUCAGCUCAGUUGUGGAAAAUCAAAUCCAACUUCCCUUAACCAGACAGUAGUAUUGGAGAAACGACACCUUCUCUGAUGUAAAUAAAAGACACUGGUGGCACUGAAAUUAAAUAUGUUACUCACCUUCUAAUUUGGACUUAGUCAUCAAACUCCAGGUGUUUUGGGUUUAAACCAGUCAGAGGUUUGGACACACACACACACACACACACACACCAUUCAAUUCAGUGGGAAAAAUGUGCCCAAACUUUUGACUGGUAGUGUGUGGGACUGGUUUACCAGUUAAUCUGCCAAUUGUUUACUUGAUUCAUUGUUUUGUCUGCAAACUGUACAAAAAGAAUUUAUCAUAAGAUCAUAACAGGCCAAAGAAAACAGGUUUUCAUAUUUGACCAGCUGGAACCAGUGAAUAUCGAGAUGUUUUGCUCUAGAAUUAUCAAAAUUACUGCUCAUUCAUUUUCCAUCAAAUUCACUAAUCAACUGUACAGCGUUGAACUAAUAAUGCUGCAAGCUUCGUGCUCUGAUGAUGUAAAUUUAGCUCAAGUUAGUUUCACAUUUUGUUUUUGACACGGCCUCGCUACAGAGUGAACUAAUGCACAUAAAUGUUGUUUAAACUGGUUUUCCUUUCACCUCCAGAAAUGAUUACAGUUGAAGUGGCUUUACUUGAGUUUAUUUUUAAUUUCCAGUUUGAGGACAUGUCUGUACAUAAAACCAGGAACGAAGCCAUUUGGCAGGAGACGUUUGAGACCAGGAUCACUAAGAAAAAAAACCCUAAAACCUUUUUAAGGUGUCUGUGCUUGUUUUUCUGCCUUGGUUCAAACUCUGAUUAAAUGAAAGCCUGCUUAGUCAGUAACCUGCCCUAUUCACCACAGACACCAGACCCAGCAAAGCUGUUUUCUUCACUGAGCACAUUUCCAGAAAACCUGAACAUGCCUGCAUCCACACACUAUACAGCACCAUUAUUUUAUAGUAUUCUCAGAUGGUUUCAAGUGCUCAGAGAAAGAAUGGACAACAGCAGGUGUAGAAACUAGAGACAAACAUCACUCACCUCCUCAUGAAACUGUACAGAUGCUGCUUUAACUGAACUGUCGAGAUCUGUAUUCUCGUCUGUGGAGAGAGCAGAAAAAUAAAUCAGGUGUGAAAGGAAAAACCUAGACGUCACCAAGCUGAAAUUAGAGCUGUUUGACCAAUCUACUGAAUAAACGGCACUGAAGGAG